CAGGCCUGGGCACGGGAGUCCCUGGGAUGUGGUUCCAGGUGGAGGUUAGCACGCAGAGCUGUGUGGGCGCCAACCCGGGGCUGCCCGCGGGCGGGUGCUGGUGUGCAGGGCCCAGAGGGGGCAGCUGUGCUCCCCUCCCCCGCCUGGCCACCGGCCUCCAGCGCCCUCAUUCCCUGCGGCCCCUCAUCCUGGGCCCUGUCUCCUCUCGCCCGCCUGUGGUCAGACAAGGCUGCCAGGAUCAGCGUCCCUGUCAUCCCCAGGGACGCUUGGCUCCUGAAGAUCGCUCCGCACAGCGUAUUGGGCCAAAGGGGGUACGUGUUGAGGACGCGGAAGCCCAGGUAGUCAGGCUGGAUGUAGGACUGACCCAGACCAGAAGUUGGCCCCGCCCCGGCCACGGGGGCCUUCUGUGCAGGGUGUCCCCAGCUGGCUGUGGGGGCCCCGGGCCUUCUCUACAGGGUGUCUGUAGCUGGACCCGCCCUGCCCCCCGUUGGCUGUGGGGGCCCCAGGGUGGGGCCGGCCCUGGCUUUAUGAGGCGCCUUGGGCUCCAUCAUUGCCACGGCAACCGGGCCUUUGUUGUUUCUCAGACCUGGGCCGAGUGAGCCCUUGAUCCUCAGUCCUGCCUGGACUGUUGACCAGGAAGGAAGUGGAGCGGGUCCUGUCUCCCAGCGGGGAGUCAGGAGCCCGUGCGUUUGUUGGUAACUGUGUAUGUGUCCUGGUGAGAACUGCUGGAAUCUUCUGAGAGCGAAAAACCGGACCGGAAGAUCCAAGGGGGUGUUCGAGCCGAGCACCUGCCCCGCCAGGGGGCCCGGGGCGAGGCCCCUGCACCACCUGCAGCUGCUCUCUCCGGACCCCCCGGCUCACCAGCGCCCACGUGCCGGGCGGUGCCGGCCGCAGCCACUCCCGGUGACGGAAUCGUGUCGUUCGUAACACGGUGCCUUUCUGUGCUCCAACCCCCGGGGUGCUGGCCUCGCCGUCCAUGUGGGAUGGUCUCUGUGGUCCCCCAGGGGUCUCAGCGAUCAGGUAAGCCCUGCCUGGCCCCACACCCCGAGAAGAGUGGCAGAAGUCCUCCCUAAUGAGGCAAAGUCCCCAGGACCCUCGGCUCUGCCAGAGGCGGCUGUGAUGUGGCUCACCUUCUCCAACAGCCGGACACCUGGCCAGAAGUGGCCACGGCUCCCUCCCAGCCCCUCAGCUCGACCUGGGUGUCCCCAGAGUGCCCAGAGACCCCAGAAGCCCCUUGGUCAGCAGGCCUUUGUUCUGCAGCAGGAACGCGGUCUCUUGUUCUGUCCUCAAGGGAAACUUGCAGAAGAUUCCCUGAGGAUUUCAGCACACAAAAGUGUCGCGUUGUCAUAGGCUCUGCUUUUCCUGCAAUCUUUUCCUCGGUUUCCCUGGGGGUGGGGGUGACCCUCCUCCCGUCUUGCAGAUGGAUCUGUGCAGCCGGAGCCAGAGAGGGGCCCUGCGGGAAGCCAGCAGGAAGCAGGCCUCGCCCCGCCGCUGGUCCAGAGUGAAUGGCUGGUCGUGGCCCCUGCACACCUUCCAGGCGGUGGCCUGGAUCACGCUGUUCAUCUUGGCCUUCGCCAACUUCGGUAUCUUCGUCCCUUUGCUGCCGCCUAACUGGAACUUGGUCAUCUAUGGUGUGACUGGUGGGCUUUUCUGUUUCCACUUCGUGGUCCACUUGCUUGCAAUUUCCGUCGAUCCUGCUGAAACCAACGUACGGCUCAAGAACUACUCGGAGCCCGUACCCACCUUCGACCCAUCCAAACACACGCAUGUCAUCGAGAACCAAUAUUGCCACCUGUGUGAGGUCACCGUGAAUAAGAAGGCUAAACACUGUAGGGCCUGCAACAAGUGUGUAUCUGACUUUGACCACCACUGCAAAUGGCUUAACAACUGUGUAGGGGGCAGGAAUUAUAGAUACUUCUUCUGCUCCUUGGUCUCUGCCUCGGCCAGCCUGCUCUGCCUGAUCACCAUCCUGCUGUACGUCUUCAUCCAGUACUUUGUCGACCCGGAGGUGCUGCGCAGUCAUCCCCUCUAUGAAGACGUCUCCAAGGACACUUGGCUGCUGUUCCUUCCUUUGUUCCCUGUAAAGACGAAGACCCUGGUGGUCCUGGGCAUUGGGGUGUUCGUCCUGCUGCUGUCCGCCCUCAGCCUCCUGCUGCUUGGACACCUGCUCAUCUUCCACCUCUUCUUAAUGUUCAAGAAGUUGAGCACGUAUGAGUAUGUGACACAGAACCGCCGUCAGAAGACUCCAGAAGUUCCAGCAGGGAGGAAAGAGCUGUCCUUCAAAAUAAGCAUGCCACAGGAAAUAGCCAGCAGCCUGACUUCGUCUGCCCUCAGCGGACCCGGGAGCAAGGUGUUCCUGUCGCCAUCCAGUGAUCCAAUGACUUCACCCUACACCCCACCUUGGCCGCCGGCACAGAGGACCACCUGCGGUGAAGGUCUCAAAGGACCAACAGGAAAUGAGGUUGCCUGUGAAAGCAGACAGUGCCGAGGGCAAAGGCCCAGCUUCAGGAGCCAAGGAGCCCACACUGGCCAAAUGGGCAUCCACACACCUGUGUCCUUAGAGAUCCGGGCUCGGGAGGCGGCCCUGGAGAAACUCAGGCUCCCGCACCUACUGCCCUCCAGCAGCCAGAAUGUGCUGCACCUGGAUGUCCCCUUGCGGAGGCAGCAGGUCCAGGGCACGGAGCCUGCCACUGUCACCACCGCCAGGAAGCCAGCGGAUGGGCAGGUGUGCAAUCUCCAGCACAUCUAGCUCCCAGGACAGACAGCAGAGGCGGCUUGGGGCCAGGCAUCGCCAUCCAGCCAGGAAGCAGAGGGCCCGCUCGAUGCUUAGGGAGAGACCAGGGUCAACCUGGAUAUCUCUGUCAGCACGACUUGUGUCCGCCCUGCCACGGAAGCCCCUGAGUCCAGGGCAGGCGCUCACCCCGACUCCCACGAUGCCUGCCUGGCCUGAGGCCGGCAGGGGCUCCCGCUGUGUUCGUGGUGCAGUGCAGCCCUCGCCUCUACCCAGGCACCGGUGGCAGCCGAUGGCCCGGCUUCCUCCAAGCGGAGUGCUGGGUCCGCGUCCAGAGUCCAGGAAAGAAGGGAGCCUGUGCACACCCUGACUUGUGCUAUUUCCCGAACACGUCCCCAUCGUGCUCCAAGAUUCAGGACAGACUUGGUGUGGUGUUUUCACUUGUGUUACUUAGGAAUGUUGACAACUGUUAUGAACCUAAGUAGCCUUUAGGGAAAUUCUUCAGAAUUUCUCAGACAGUUAUACGAAAAUAAUAAAAAAUAAUUUCAUUGGCAAUAAGCUUGAAAUCAGUCUUGGUAAACUUUAAAUUCUUGGGUUUCAAGUGGCCUUUUCGAAGCCCCUCCUGCCCCCACCCAGCCUGAGUCCUGGCCAGAGUGAGGACGAGGGGUGUGAUACAGAGGAGGGGAUUCUAGCCUUUUUUUUUUUUUUUUAAGUUUAUUUAUUUUGAAAGAGAGAGACAGUGAGCAAGGGAGGGGCAGAGAGAAGGAGAGAGAGAGAGAGAGAGAGAGAGAGAGAGAAUCCCAAGCAGGCCCCAUGCCACCAGCACAGAGCCUGAUAUGGGUCUUGAACUCAUAAACAGUGAGAUCAUGACCUGAGCCAAAACCAAGAGUCAGACGCUUAACCCACUGAGCUCCCCCCCAGGAGCCCCAGGGCUUCUGGCUUUAUGGUGAACUUUUCACCACAAGAUAAUUAGUGCUCUCAUGAAAAUGUAAUUUCAUUGCAUCCUGGAUUCAUACAAAGUGAGAAAAUCCCCCCAAAACUGGAGAACAAAAGUGAGCUGAUAGGUAGGUGGUCCAGGACCAGGGGCUCCUUUGAAACCAGGCCUUGAUCCAGAAGCCCGGAACAGAGCUGGGGGCAAGGAUCCAGGAUGAAUCCAGUCUCAGGCAGAAAUAAACUGAGCUAAACUGGCCCAAGUUAAGAAGCUAGAUUUUCAGAGCUUAAGAUCAGUCCAGAUAAGCUCAAUCACAAACCAUCACGCAUGUGAGAGCCAAGAAACAGUAAAAGAGAAUUCAGACCCCCAGAAACCUCAAGGAUUAGAAAUACAGGAUAUUAAGGAGGAUGCACAGAAUCUUUUAAAGUUGGGGCGCGUGGGUGGAUCAGUCGGUUGGGCGACUGACUGCAGCUCAGGUCACCAUCUCACAGCUCGUGAGUUCGCGCCCCGCGUCGGGCUCUGUGCUGACAGCCGGGAGCCUGGAGCCUGCUUCCGAUUCUGUGUCUCCCUCUCUCUCUGCCCCUCCCCCAUUCAUGCU